GUUCUACAGCUGUUUGAAACUGCAAACAAGUACCACUUCCUCCACAGCCUGGCUCUCCUGGGUGCUCCCCACUGCAGGAAACCUCUGCUGGCUGGCUCCUUGCUGACCUCUGGCAUGGUGAUGUUCUGUGGUUCCCUCUACUAUCAAGCUGUGACUGGAGAUCCAAAGUUCACCAAAGCUGCACCAUAUGGAGGAACCAUUCUGAUAGUGGGCUGGGCAGCCAUGGCACUCUGAGCUUGGCAGGAAGCAGGGCAAGGGAGCAUGCUGAGCAGACAGGUGGAAUUUGACAGGCUUUGAGGGUACAAAUUGGAUUGGGAACCCCCCUCGCCCCCAGCAUGUAUUCAGGGACCCUCCUCUGUAAGGCACCCAUGAGCAGCCUCUACUCAUUCCACUGGUCUGAAGCCAGUGCUCCAACCUGCUAGGGCUAUUUUGAUCACUUGCUGUGCUAAGUUGUUGAUCUUGCCUUCAAUCCUGCUUGUGUCCAUUCCAUCUUGUCUCAGUCCACUGAGCAGAGCCUGUUAUGUGCUCAUUAACUUGGCCAUGCAGCAGAAUAUCAACCAUGAUGUGACAAGUCCAGAAUGUAUUGUACAGAAGAUGGCUCACCUUCAUCAUGCAUCACAUUGGUCUGCCAAUUGGCCAAGAAACAAGAUUAGACUUUCAGUAUUGCUGAAAGGACCAGUGUUAUCAAGUUUGUCCUGAUGAAUGCAAGAAUGCCAAAUAUCAAAGGAUUGCUGAUUUUUACUCUGGGGCGGGAAACAGGGGACUGAUUGUUUGCAGUUUGGCUUUCUUGAGAGUUGGUCCUGACUAGCACAAGACAAAUGGCAUUCACAACAUGUAUCCUUUCAGCAAACUUGUUUUGUACCAGCAAAUAACUGACACAUUCAGACUGAGGUGGUGACUUAACAGACUCAGCUGUUCCUGUUAGCCACACUUUUCAGGUGAUGGUUGUGGGGUGGGCUUGUCUGAAGUGAGCAAGGUGAAAAAUCAGACCACCACCACCCCUCCUGGUGCCAGUGAGCUGGGCAUCCCACUGGUACUGUCCUGCACUGGAUUGAAUAUUGAAGGUACUGAUACAAGGCCAUCCUCUUCAUGGAAUAUUUAUCCAAUUCAGCAAUACAGUUGGGAAUACAAUGGUAACCUCUAAUGGUGGGAGCAGGGGGAAAAUUGUGACCUGUUGCUACUCUGACCCUCUGUGGCCUGAUUUUAGACUUGAUACCUGUUUUGGGGAGGGAGGAAAAAAAUGUUACUAGUGCCCCUGCUACCUUUAUUUGAGCUUCAAAUUCCAAAUCCGCUGUUCACUUGUAUCUGGUCUGUCUCUGGGAGGACAUUUAGCAGGUGCAGUUUGGAAUUGCUAGAUUUAUAUAAAUUGUGACACUAACUAGAAUGUAAUGCAGUGCAAUGUCUGGUGAUGUACCUAAAUUAACUGACUUUUAAUUCAGACUUUUGUACAAAAGCUGUAUAAAAUGUUUUUAUUGC